AUGGCGGAUAAUUUACAGCAUCUUUCCUUAUCUGAUGAGGAGAAUCAAGCCUUGGAGGUUGUACCCUUGGUGGAUACUUCCUCUUUUUUCUAUAAUCUGUGCUUUGUGGAUUCUUUUUGUGACCUUUUGCUCCAUCAUAAGAAGGAGUCUUUGACGCCUCAAUGGGGUCUUGAGUUAAAAGCUAUUCAGUGUAGGUACCAACGUCCAACUAGCUGUUGGCUGCGGUUUGAAAAUUUGAGUUUACACUCACAGGCUCCUGCUUCUAGUGGGACCUCUUCUUUCCAGAACCAGUUGCCUUCACAGGUUUUCCUUAAUUCUUUUUUGGGAGCGCUUGCUACGGAUGGUGAAAAUGAUUUUAGUGCUGGUUCUAUGGAGACUGAUUGUAAUGGGGAUAAGCAGGAUGCAGGAGAGAAUGAUCCUUUAUAUAAGCCUGAUGAUGGUAAGAAGCGUCAACGGGUUGUUUCUACUGGCAUUGUUUCUGAUACUAUGGAUUCAAGGUUUACUGGGUUCUAUGGUUGCCCUGAGUCAGGUCGUCGCCGAACUUCGUGGAAUUUGUUGAGGGCUUUGGCUGAUAGGAGUCAGCUUCCUUGGUUAUGUAGUGGUGACUAUAAUGAUAUUGCUGAUCCGUUGGAAAAAGGUGGUGGUCCUCUUCGUUGUAUUUCUUUGAUUAAUGGGUUUCGUAAUGCUCUUACUGAUGCCAAUUUAAAUGAUAUUCAGGCUGUGGGGUCUUUUUUGUCUUAUACAUAUAGAGAGGGUACUGAUCAGUGUUCAAAGGAGAGGUUGGAUCGUGCUUGUUCUAAUGCAACCUGGGAUGCUCGUUUUCCUGAUGCGAUUUCGUCUAAUUUAGUUGCUCCAGUUUUUGAUCAUACUCCUUUAUUGAUUGAAACUGUUGGAACUCAAGUUAGGGAGGCUAAUCGACGAUUUCGUUUUGACAAUUCAUGGCUUGAGGAUGAUGAGUUAGGGGAAGUGGUUUUGACGUCUUGGGCAGUGAGGCAACUGAAGGAUGUCUGGAAUCAAAUUUUGGCAGAGGAGGAUAUUAGACUACGCCAACAAGCAAAACAGUUCUGGUUUAGACAUGGGGAUAGGAACUCAAAAUAUUUCCAUAAUAGUAUCAAAGCUCGCCGCAGAUGUAAUCGGAUUCAGCAAAUUGUGACAUCGGAUGGUUCAUUAUCUUCGAAUGUGGGUACUAUUCAUGAUGCAUUUUUGCAAUAUUUUUCGGGUUUAUUUUCCAAUUCACCUACUGAUUUUGCGGAGCUUCUCCCUUUGGUUCAGCCUAGAAUUGGGGCCAAAGAUAAUGUUGAGUUAUUGGCAGAUUUUACAGAUGAAGAAUUUCGUUCAGCACUCUUCCAGAUGGAUCCGAAUAAAGCUCCUGGGUUGGAUGGUCUUAAUCCGGCUUUUUUUCAGAAAUAUUGGCCAAUUAUUGGGGUGGAUGUUUGCAAUAUUUGUCGGUUGUGGCUUGCACAAGCCUUAGCCAAUAGAUUGAAGAGGGUCCUGCAUAAAAUUAUUUCGCCAAAUCAGUCUGCUUUCAUUCCUGGGAGACUAAUUACGGAUAAUUUUAUUGUUGCUUUUGAGAUCAUGCAUGGUUUGAAAUUACAAAAUAGGGGUAGUGUGGGGUCGUGUGCUCUGAAAAUUGAUAUUGCUAAGGCCUAUGAUAGAGUUGAAUGGUCAUAUUUGUUUGCGAUGUUAUCUGCAUUGGGCUUUUCUGAUACUUGGGUUGGUUGGAUGCGUAUGUGUUUUUCAAACAUGAGCUACUACAUUGUUGUUAACGGAGCAGAGAUUGGUCCUGUGGUUCCAAGUCGGGGUCUCCGACAGAGGGAUCCCAUUUCUCCCUAUUUAUUUUUAAUUGUUGCUGAAGGACUGUCUUUGUUGAUUCAGGAUAGUGAAAAUAGGGGCCUUUUGCAUGGGUGUUGCGCGAAAGUUGGUUGCCCCCCGGUUUCUCACCUUUUCUUUGCAGAUGAUUCCUUACUAUUUUUUGAUGGUACAGUGGAGGAAGCUAUACGGAUUAAGCAAAUUCUUGGUUUUUAUGAGAAGACUUCAGGUCAGGCUGUAAAUUUUGAUAAAUCUGGUAUUAUGUUUAGUCCGUGUGUAUGUGAGGAAAACCGGUUGAUCAUCUCUGGUAUACUUGAUGUUCAUCUUUCUUUAGAUAGCGGUAAUUAUUUGGGGUUACCAUCUCUUAUUGGCCGUAGUAAAAAGCAAAUUUUCUCUUUCUUGAGGGAUCGCAUUUGGAAACGUAUUAGUAGUUGGAGUAAUCAUUUUCUUUCUCAUGCAGGCAGAGAAGUAUUAAUUAAAUCUGUAUUACAGGCAAUUCCAACAUAUUGCAUGAAUGUUUUUUUAUUACCUAUUUCCACUUGCCGUCAGCUAUAUGUCAUGAUGAAUAAAUUUUGGUGGGGUGGUUGUCGUGAGGAUGGGAGAGGAAUGAAUUGGCUCUCGUGGGAUCGAAUGUGUGGGCGUAAAUCGGAAGGUGGGAUGGGCUUUCGGGAUUUGGCUAGUUUUAAUACUGCCUUAUUGGGAAAGCAAGGUUGGCGUUUGUUGGUUGACACCAAUUCUCUUCUAUAUAGAGUGCUCAAAGCUAAAUAUUUUCUGAAUGGGGAUUUUUUGUCAGCUCGGUUAGGUUCUAACUAUAGCUUCGUUUGGAAGAGUAUUUUGUCUUCUCAACAAGUGUUGCAACGUGAGGUAAGGUGGCGAAUUGGUGAUGGUAAGCAGGUUUUUGUUGUUAAUUGCCCUUGGAUUCUUCGGGAUAUUGGUUUUAUGCCUUUAGAUGAGCCGAUGUUUGUUCCUGAAGCCAUGAGAGUAUGUGAUUUAUUUGUUGAAGGUGAGCUGCGUUGGGAUGUAGAAAAGCUAAUGAAUAUUUUUAGUGUUGCUGAUAUGAGAGCUAUUCUUACUAUUCCAUUGCCUCUAUUCCCAAAACCGGAUAAAUUAAUUUGGCACUUGCAUAAGAAGGGUGUGUACCCAGUUAAAUCUGCCUAUUUUUGUGACUUAGAAUUAUCGGGUAGGACUGGUGUGCUGGGUUAUAAUGAUGGGUGGAACCGUCUUUGGUCUCUUGACGUUCCUCCCAAAGUUCAUAAUUUUCUUUGGCGUGCUUGUCGUGGAGUGCUUCCUACUCGAAAUAUUCUUUUGAGGCGUGGGAUACAUGUACCUGCUGCAUGUCUUUUUUGUGAUCAUGAUGAAUCUAUUUCACAUGUUUUUUUGCAUUGUCCAAUGGCUGUUGAAGAAAGGACAACACGUAUGACUAUACAUGCAUGGAAGUUAUGGCAUGCCAGGAAUGACAGAUUGUGGGUCAAUAAAGUUUUAUCACCUAGUGAGGUUCAUCAUGCUGCUAGUUCUUAUUUUAAUGAUUAUGUGGCUUCACUUGUGGCUCGGCCAAGGACGUUAUCCCACCCCUCUGUUCCUCGUGUGCUCCCAUUGAUUGAGGCUACCACUCUUAAAGUUGAUUGGAUUGCAUUCAUUGAUUGUGCAGUCUUUGUUAGUGCUGAUUUGUUCGGUUUUGCAGCAGUAUUUGAGGACUUGGAAGGCUUUUUUUCCAUUGCAAUUUCGGGUUUCUAUGAGGGGGGUGGGCAACAUGUUAUUGCUGAACCUUUGGUUUUGCGUCAAUGUUUAUCUUAUGCUAGAGAUUGUUUUCUUCAGGUUGGUUGUAUUUUUACGGAUAACCAAUCCUUAGCCUUGGCUAUUCGCUCUCCUCUGGAUGACUUUUCGGAGUUUGGAUUAGUUGUUUCUGAUUGCAAGGAUGUUAUGCGGUCUCAUGGUAAGAUUCAUGUUCGUUGGGUACGACGUUCAGAAAAUAAAGCCACUCAUUUAUUAGCUAGAGAGUCUAUUCAUCAUGGUAGAUUCAAGAUUUGGAUUGACAUUCCUGAUUGUCUCUUGGAUUAUUAUUCUACAAGAUAA